AUGCAUACUCAACCAAACGAAUUACCGCAAUUAUCACCACAAGAUGUUACAAUGCAUUCAAAAAUUAUUCAUCAAAAUCAAUGGGAUGGUGAAAGAAGUGUUAUUGUUACAUGCAGUUUUACACCUGGAUCAGUAUCUUUAACUGCUUAUCGUUUAACUCCGAGUGGUUAUGAAUGGGGACGUAACAAUACUGAUAAAGGGAAUAAUCCAAAAGGUUAUUUGCCUUCACAUUAUGAGAAAGUACAAAUGCUUCUGUCCGAUCGUUUUCUUGGUUAUUUUAUGGUUCCGUCAUCUGCUGUUUGGAAUUAUAAUUUUAUGGGUGUUCGACACGAUUCAAAUAUGCAAUAUGAUGUUUGUUUAGCAGCCCCAAAAGAAUUUUACCAUGAAGAUCAUCGACCUUUACAUUUUCACAAUUUCAAUGUUUUUGAAGACCCAUUGGGAGUUACAACUGCUGACAGAGAAGAUGUUUUUAUGGCGACAUAA